AUGUGUACAUACAUAUAUAUAUUUAUGGCUGUUUCUGAUACGUCACGCAUCCUGUGUUUAUUAGUAUAUCACCAUGCCUUAAAUGUGGAUGCAUUUAAUAAGUUAAGUCACUUAACCUCUGAAAGAGGACCUCCUGCUCUUAGUACAAUUGUUUGUAAAAUAGCUGACGAGCGGUGCGAUACGAUGCGAUGGAUGUUAAUCCAGCUGGACAAAAGUGUACAAGUUGAUGAAGUCACACAACAAAAGUUCACGUGGUUUCUGAAUCUACGAGUAAAAGUCGGGCGACCUUUGAAAUUAAAACACCACAUUAGUGUAGAAAGCAAUACUACACUGAGCUUUAAAGUACUACACAAACGAAAUGCCUUAUUCCAUCUAUUCUUCAACCCUAUUUACCGGAUGAGUCCACUAAUUACAUUGCUCCAUAAUAAUUCAAGAUCACUAUCGGGAUCGGAAGUUCAAAGGCGUUGGACAAUAUUGAUCCUGUCCGUCACACUGAAGAAAAUGGUAGCAUUGAAACCAAUACCACAUCCGACUAAUUUUACAGUAAACAAAUCAAAACUACUCACCUUUCUGGCACUGUUAAUAAUUAGUGGAAUUUCAAGUACUAAAUCAAUUUUUUUUGGAGAAAAUGAGAUUGAUGUCUUUGCAGCUAAUUCAUACGUUUCUAGAGGGACUGAUUUAGCUAAACCAAAUCGAAUCAAUUCGGUACUUUUAAAAAGGUCAAAGGUCAGCUUUUGGAAAGGUGCUUUCAUGAAGAUCAGCUUUUUAAUGACUUUUUGGAAAGAAUGCGGUUGUUAA